AUGGCGGGCGGCGGAGCCGGGGACCCGGGCCGGGGGGCGGCCGCCGCCACGGUGCCCGAGACCCGCGAGCACCUCUUCAAGGUGCUGGUCAUCGGCGAACUUGGCGUGGGCAAGACCAGCAUCAUCAAGCGCUACGUCCACCAGCUCUUCUCCCAGCACUACCGGGCCACCAUCGGGGUGGACUUCGCUCUCAAGGUCCUCAACUGGGACAGCAGGACGCUGGUGCGCCUGCAGCUGUGGGACAUCGCGGGGCAGGAACGGUUUGGCAACAUGACCCGAGUAUAUUACAAAGAAGCUGUUGGUGCUUUCAUUGUCUUUGAUAUAUCGAGAGGUUCCACGUUUGAAGCUGUUUUAAAAUGGAAAAAUGAUCUGGAUAGUAAAGUCCAUCUUCCAAAUGGCAACCCUAUUCCUGCUGUCCUCUUAGCUAACAAAUGUGACCAGAGAAAAGACAGUGGCCAGAAUACUCCCCAGAUGGACCAGUUUUGCAAAGAACAUGGCUUCACUGGAUGGUUUGAAACCUCUGCAAAGGAUAACAUAAACAUAGAUGAAGCAUCCCGGUUCCUAGUGGAGAACAUUCUUGCCAACCACCAAAGCUUCCCUAAUGAAGAAAACGACGGCAGAGUUAAACUGGAUGAGGAGACCGUGAAAAAAGAGAACAAAUCCCAGUGCUGUUGA